AUGUCACAAACAACAGAUACUAAUAGUAAUGUCAAUGUUACACAGACAUCAACACCAUCAUCAACAUCAUCAACCUCAACAGACCCAAAUAACAAUAAUAAUGCGACAACAGAUGCACCAAAGAAAUUACCGAUCAAUAUGAUCUUGCUUGGAAUGGCUGGUAGUGGCAAGACAACACUAUUGCAAAGACUUAGAGCACAUGUACACGAACAUAAGAUACCAGCUUAUAUUAUAAAUUGUGACCCAGCAGUUGCAAAGCUACCAUAUACACCAAAUAUUGAUAUUAGAGAUACAGUGAACUAUAAGCAAGUGAUGAAACAAUAUGGACUUGGACCAAAUGGUGGAAUCGUAACAUCACUCAAUCUAUUCUCGACUCGUUUCGAUAAAGUACUAGAGUUGGUCGAGAAGCGUGCACCGACUCUAGAUUACAUCAUAAUGGAUACACCGGGUCAGAUCGAGGUGUUUACCUGGUCGGCCAGUGGUGGUAUCAUCACCGAGCUCAUGGCCUCGUCCUUCCCGACAGUCCUGGUCUACGUGGUGGACACGCCCCGCACGAUCGACCCCACGACAUUCAUGUCCAACAUGCUAUACGCUUGCUCAAUCAUGUACAAGACCAAGCUGCCAAUGGUUGUCGCGUUCAACAAGAUCGAUGUGGCCAAUCAUCGCUUCGCGCAGGAAUGGAUGAAUGACUUUGAGUCGUUCCAGGACGCGCUCACAUCCGACCCCUCGUACAUGAGCAAUCUGACGCGAUCGAUGAGUCUUGUACUGGAGGAGUUCUACUCAACGUUACAGAGUGUUGGUGUGUCUGCCGUGGAUGGCUCGGGAAUCGACGAGUUCUUUGACAAGAUCAAACUGGCUGCACAAGACUACUUCACCUAUUACAAGGCCGACCUUGACCGAUCAAAGGAGGAGCGUUCCAAAGAGGAGCAACUCAAGGCCACACAAGAGUGGGACAAGCUGAAGCGUGACCUAGAGGAUUCCAAAGGUGUCAAGGUUGUUUAUGAUCAUAAGAAGGAAGAGAACAUUAGAAAGUUCAAGGCGAUGGGAAUUGAUGAUGACGAGGAUUAUGUCGAAGACGAAGACGAAGACGACGGAGAUGAUUACGACUAUGAUGAACUCAAGUACUGA